UGUCCUGUUCCGUUCUGCUCUAAUUUCCAUCUAGAACCUUCACUUGAAGUUUGCUUUUUUGUUCCUUAUGUAAAUGUGCCCAUAGAGUAUUAUGGAGAGCAAGACUACCUUAAAGAAAUUCCCGAUCCCUGCCUUGAACCUGUUGAUCUACUUGAAGAGUAUAUCCAAAUCAUUCAAAAUUUUGGUCCUUGGGGAGCAGACCGUGCUGCUCUGGUUUACCUCAUUCAUUUAGAGAAAUUGAAAACCAAAGCAGUUUAUGAAAGACACUAUCUUCUUUUGUGCUUAGUCUUCACAGUUUUACUUGAAAUACGGUCAUUGUGCGAAGAAGAGUUUCAGGGAUAUUCCGAAUAUGAACGUAUAGAAAAGUUUAGCCACCCUAAAGUUCUUCGUCUGUUGGACAUACUCCGUAUACACAUGACUGUAUAUCGACCACCAAUAACUUCAAAAUUGCCUGGAAACAAUGAUCCAACAGAGCAAACCGAUUCCACCGUAUUAGUUCAUGCUGACGAUCUCGCUGAUCAAGUUCAAAAAUUGUCCACGGAAACAUUACCGACCGUAGAGUUACCUGAGAAUGGCCCGUCCUUUGUGCGUCGGCCAACAACUCAGUCGGGUCACGUAAGUCGUCGUAGGCGUCCUGAUUUCCCUGCUCGUCACCACCGUAUUCGAGAAGACGCUUAUCAGCUAUGUGGAAUGAUUUUCACUGAAAGGCGCACCACAGCCAAACUACUCUAUCAUCUUUUAAAGGAUGCAAGUCGAUGCGACCCUCAGUUAGCGUAUCUAAGCCCUCUAUAUACCGUUGAUCGGGUCGAAGGCAUGACCGUCAAGGAAAUAGAAAGUGAAGAUCGAAAGCAAGAAGACGUUAUGAAACGUUUUCGCAGUCGCGACUGUAAUAUUCUCGUAGCCACGAGCGUUCUAGAGGAUGGUAUUGAUAUUCCAGCGUGCCAUCUGGUUAUCCGAUACGAUUUGCCACAAACUUACCGUGCGUAUGUUCAUUCAAAGGCUCGAGCGCGCGCAAAAAAAUCCCAUUAUAUUCUGAUGGUCGAGAAGGAGCGCAUGGAUGAAUUUCUGGUGAAUCUCUCUCACUUCCAUGCCACUGAACAAAUUCUGCUAAGUAAAAGUGGCUAUCACAACUCUUUGGCCGAGUUCGUCAAUCACAGUGAAGAUAUGCUCAAUAAUAUUGAGAAACCGUACACACCUGGUGACGCUUCAAAAUCAUAUGCGUCUUUACAAAACGCCAUUUCCAUCAUUAACAGAUAUUGCGCAAAGUUGCCCAGUGAUUGUUUCACGCGCCUUAUUCCUGUUUGGAAAAUACGAACAAUAAUGCGAGAAUACGUUGACCCAUCUGUUUGGGACAAAUGGUCCGAACUAUUUCAGAAAAGCGAUGCAGCCGGGAAAAUGCGCAUGGAUGUAGCGUAUGUGUGCUCAUUACAACUACCAAUAAAUUCUCCUCUGCGGCAAACUGUGUCAGGUCUUCCGAUGCCAUCGAAAGUUAUAGCCAAACGAUCCGCAGCACUAGAAGCGUGUCGGUUAUUGCAUCAGCUAAAAGAGCUGGACGAUAACUUUUAUCCCACUGGGAAGGAAAACCUUCGACUGGAAGAGGAGGAGGAUUACAACGCAGAUUUGGAAGACGAAAUCGUUCCCGACAAUCUGCCACGUCCGGGCACUACGAAACGAAGGCAGUACUAUUAUAAGCAAGUGGCCGAGCCGUUUAUCGAUGGUAUUGCACGUCCCAACCAACCCUGUUACUUAUACGCGAUCACCAUGGUACUAAGUGAGCCUAUACCUGAGGAGCAAAACACGCGUGGGAGAAAAAUUUACAAACCUGAGACCUCCCUGCAGAGUUUGGGAAUUUUGAAUAGUAAACCGCUAUCGCAAAUUUGUCCGUUUCCUAUUUUCACUCGGUCAGGCGAGGUGGAAGUGCAAAUAGUAAAAAUCGCCGAUGAAGUCUAUGUGACCGAGGAGCAAUUAAAACAAAUAACAGAUUUUCAACGCUACAUCUUCCGAAACGUGCUUUCCUUGGAAAAGGAUCCAAUGUUGUUAGAUGUUUUUCACGCCGACUGUUCCUAUCUAAUCGUGCCUUUAAAGAGAAAUUCGUUAGCGGAAAACGCCCCCUUAAAUCUGGAUUUUGCAUUCAUCGAUUUAAUUUCAUCCGUUCGAGACGCGAAACCUCAGCUGGUAGCAGACGAAGAGAGAACCGGUUAUGUCUUUGAUCCCCGCUUGUUUGCUGAUGCGGUCGUAAUGAAAUGGUACCGUGAUCAAGAACAUCCACAAUGUUUCUACGUUGCUGAGAUAUUCUAUGAACUCAACCCUCAGUCUAAAUUUCCUGAUAACAACUAUCCAACAUUCGAAAAAUAUUACCGCCAUAAAUAUGGGAUCCAAAUACAGAAUCUGAAGCAGCCGCUCUUGGACGUGGAUCACACUUCAGCUAGACUAAACUUCUUAACGCCAAGGUAUGUGAACCGAAAAGGAGUAAUGCUUCCAACUAGUUCGGAGCAUACAAAAAAGACCCAAAGAGAAAGCCUGCAGCAAAAGCAAAUACUGGUGCCUGAAUUGUGCAGUAUCCAUCCUUUUUCGGCCUCUCUGUGGAGACAAGCAGUUUGUUUACCGUGCAUUCUUUACCGUUUGAACGGUCUCCUCCUGGCAGAACAACUCCGCUGCAAAGUAGCGAUGGAAAUCUCUCUGGGAAAGAGUCAGCUUGACCCUGAUUUCCGCUGGCCCGCCUUACGAUUCGAUUGGAAAUGCAAAUCCUCAGAUCCCAUAUUACCACCAGUUCAAAAGGCAGUCAGUGCUAAAAAUGUUGAAGAAAUUAAUCAGCCAAAAGAUGAAACCGAAGUCAACAACGUACCGAAAUCGCCUUCAAAGCCGCAGAAAAGAGAAAAUAAGGAAGCGAAAAAAGCAGGAGCUUCUUUAUUGGAUAUCGGAGUAUGGAACCCGGAUACGAUUGAUGGCAACAACCAGAAUGAUGGCUCAUAUAAUAGUGAUCAAAGCAUGAACGACAGUGAUACGGACGAUGGUUCAGAGGAAGAAGAAAACGCUUGCAAAGUGAAAGAAUUUGGACCCAAAUUUGUCUGUAGAGGAGACACCGCAGAAGCGAUUGAAGAACCCAUUAACCUCAAAGCCAAAAAAUUUAAAAGUCCCGAGGAGGAAGAAUUAGAAGAAGGUCAGAUGGAUGACGAAGAGCCUUACGAACAGGUCGAAGAUUUGCUCAGCAUCAAAAAUCGAUGGAACGUUGAUCUUACGAACAGUGAUUUGGAACGCAGAUGUGAAGAUUUGCUCAAAUUACACAAAGCAGUGAUUGUUGAUGAAUCAGAAGAACCUGUAUUAGCAGCGGUAGAAAUGUCAGUUCCUGGUUUGGAUUUCCCCUUCAGUUUUGACGAACAACAGGGUUUAGAAAGCCAUCCGGGACCAUCGCCGAGCGUGAUUCUGCAGGCAUUUACAAUGUCUAGUGCCAAUGAUGGCAUUAAUUUAGAACGACUUGAAACGAUUGGCGAUUCGUUCUUAAAGUACUCUAUCACAACUUAUUUGUACUGCAAAUAUAGCAGUAUUCACGAGGGUGAACUCAGCCAUCUGCGUUCGCGUCAGGUUUCCAAUCUCCAUCUUUAUCAGUUGGGCAAGAAAAAACUGUUUGGUGGAUGCAUGGUGGCAACGAAAUUCAAUCCGCACGAGAAUUGGUUGCCACCCGGAUAUGUAAUCCCAGAUGCCUUGGAAGAAGCACUAAUUUCCUCUGGAAUCCCAUUGAAUUAUUGGAAUGUCGUGGAUCUUCAGGGAAUGGAGUAUAUGUCAAGCGAACAAGUGAAAGCCUUGGUUCAAGAGAAAUCGGAGCAAAUCAUGUUGCGAUUUGGUGGCAAAAUUCCGUCAGUCGAGGAGAUGGUAGUCGAAGGAAAUAUCUACCAUGCCCAAGACUUACCUCGUUUCGUUCCUUAUAACCUGCUAACGCAACAUAGCAUACCCGAUAAAAGUAUUGCCGAUUGUGUAGAGGCGCUCAUUGGAGCCUACCUUAGAGCUUGUGGCCCAAGAGGGGCCCUGCUUUUCAUGUCCUGGCUUGGAUUGAAGGUGCUUCCUGUCCUUGACGAAGAUGCUUAUGGCUACUGGACUCCACCUGUCUCACCUUUGGUUGAUCAGCCAUUACAUGUUCAUGUGAUGCUUGAUCACAUGCUAGCGGGAUUUGAUUCGUUUGAAGAAAAAAUCUGCUACAAGUUUAACGACCGCUCCUACCUGCUGCAGGCCUUCAGUCACGCCUCCUACUAUCUCAACAGAUUGACCGAUUGCUAUCAAAGACUCGAAUUCCUCGGUGAUGCCGUCUUAGAUUACCUUAUAACGCGGUAUUUGUACGAAAACCUACCGCGUCAUCCGCCUGGCGCCCUAACUGAUUUGCGCUCGGCAUUGGUGAAUAACACGACGUUUGCUGUUUUGGCGGAGCGAUUUGAAUUCCAUCGUUAUUUCAAGCACCUGUCUCCUACUCUCAAUCAAAUUCUGGACAAAUUCAUCAAAGCUCAAGAGGAAAAUGGGCAUUCCAUCAAUGAAGAGUAUUAUAUGAUUGAAGCUGAAGAUGUGGAAGUGCCUAAAGUUCUUGGCGAUGUAUUUGAAUCAGUAGCAGGGGCAAUAUACCUCGAUUCGCACAUGUCCCUCAAUGCUGUUUGGAGAGUGUACUACAAUAUGAUGAAAAAAGAAAUUGACGAGUUUAGUAUAAAUGUUCCGAAGUCACCCAUCAGAGAGUUGCUGGAACUAGAAACCGAUCGAGUUAAAUUUGGGAAAGCUGAACGUCUCCCUGACGGCCGUCUAAGAGUUACCGUUGACGUCAUCGGGAAAGGAACUUUCAAAGGAAUAGGUCGGAAUUAUCGUAUAGCAAAGUGCACGGCAGCCAAGUAUGCUUUACGAACUUUGGAAAAGCGUAAAAUGCUGACGAAACGCGGCGAACAGUGAACCCAUGAAUGCGCGUCGCCUUUGCGUGACGUGUAAAAUCAAAAAUGUCUCAAACUUCAAAACAGCAUAAUUUCUUUGGUGCAUUUGGCAGUUGACGUUGACCCAUACCGACUGUCAGAACAUUAAAGAAGUAUGGUGUUUACUUAUAGUAAGACAUGUGAUUAGCUAAUACACAUGUCAAAUCGUA